AUGAGUAUCACCUCGGACUUUUCAACAACUAUUCAGGAUGAAGCUGAUGUUCUGUCAAUCGCUGUCAUGGGACCGACGGGGACCGGAAAAUCAUCAUUCAUCAAUCUUCUUAGUGGAUCAAAUCUUGGAGUCGGAAGAGAGUUGGAAUCAUGCACUGAUGAGGUUCAAAUCUCAGAAUCAUUCUCGCUCGACGGACACACGAUAAACUUGAUCGAUACUCCAGGAUUUGACGACACAAAAUUGACCGACACAAGAAUCUUGAAUAUGAUAGCAUCUUAUCUAGCGCUCACAUACUCCAGGGGGAAGCGCCUGGCCGGUGUCAUCUAUAUGCACCGAAUAACUGAUAAUCGCAUAGGUGGCAUAUCGGCUCGCAAUUUUCGCCUUUUCCGUAGUCUCUGUGGGGAGACCUCGUUGUGCAACGUAGUAAUUGUGACUACUAUGUGGGACAACAUCGAUAUCUCCAUCGGGGAAGAACGAGAACGCGAGCUUAUGACCAAAGAGUCAUUUUUCAAACCCGCCAUAGAGAAAGGAUGCCGAAUGUUGCGACACAACAAUACAUUGGAAUCCGCCCAGGCCAUCGUACGGUCUAUUGCCAAAAGUAAUCGAUCCGUUACGCUCCAAAUUCAAGAGGAGCUCGGUCGCGGUCUCGAUAUUACCGAAACUCGGGCGGGAAAGGAGCUAUGCCGAGAGGUCUUUGAACAAAUGGAGAGGCACCGAGAAGAAAUCCGGGGCAUAGUCGUAGAGAUCCAAGAAGCUGCUCGGGCAAGAGAUGAAGAAAGUCGCAAAGAGCUUACGCUGGAGCGGGCAAGGACGGAGGCAGUGAUAGCGCGUCUCCAGGAAGAUUCAGCAAAUGUGACUCGGGGAUACCACGACGCCUUAUCAAAACUGGAAGAGCGUCUAAAAGUGGCAGAGGCCUCGGCCGCGGCACACUGCUCGAGAAAUUUUAUGGCCCCAGGCAGCGGCGAGGAGAAAAAUUUUGGUCAUCGAAAUGAUCAUGCUGGCCAGACCCAUUCACCAAUAGUGCAAGCUGUUGCGGCGACGGAGAACAGUAACGCUGUCUUGGAAGGAAAACUCGCUGCUGCCAUUCCUAUUGUCGGAUUUUGGGGAAGGUUGGCAGUGAUGCUUGCACCAUUUUCGCUGACAUGGAGGUAG